AUUCAUUUUCACGUGGUGAAUGUGUUUCUCAACGUAAUUUUCUGUUCUCCUAUUUCUCAUUUAAACAGUUUUCGCUGGUCAAGCUCGCAGACAGUACUAACAAGGAUUGGAAGUUGCACGACAUUCGACGGUCAUGUCAACCACCCGAGUCUGCAUUCUGGACCUGUAUGAACAAUACGCUAGCGUCCAUCCAGCGAGGCAUUGCAUGGCCUGGCCGAACGUGUUGUUCAUUGGGAAUGUCCCUAAAGUGCCAGAAUGCAUGUGCAAUGGCUUCUAAAAAGGAGGAGCUUCUGGCGGGCUGCCGGCAUAGUGACGAACAACGUUUAUUCAACUGCGUUCAACGACAAGAGGACGGAGAUGGCUGUUGCGGUCAGGCAAGGACAUCGGAGUGCUUAAUGGCUUGCAAAGAUGUCUUCCGGUCCAAUCAAACUCCCAACAAACAACAGCGAGAAUUGGUGCAAAAUACAUGCAGCAACAAUAACACGGAUGUUCUGGAAUGUAUAAAAGGAUACGUCGAGGUCACUAUUAAUGGAAAUUUGAAAAAUUACCUUCCAUGCUGUGAUCAAACAAUUGAAAGUCAGUGCAAAAAGGCAUGUCGAGACACUUUGUUAGAUGGAAGUUAUACUGAAGAAGAAGCUAUCGAUAUCCUACAGAGUUCAGGUUGUGGGGUUCCUUUACCUCAUGAUCCCUUGUGGAAAUGUUUCUUCUCGUUUGGCAAAAAUAAAGUAGUGCCGGUCAAUUCCAACGAAAUAUCUCGCAUCAAUCAAGUGGAUGACUCGGCUAAAAUGCAUUGUUGCCUGAAAGCCAACUCAACCAGGUGUCGUAAAUUUUGCAUUGCUACGUACUCAAACGAGUGGACAACGAAUUUGGCGGAGUUUGAGAACACUUGCUUGAUCUCAUCGGAUGAAUUCAGUUUAAAACAAUGCAUUGAUGAAGUGGACGAACCAUGUGAGUUGGGUUGUGACGGUCUCUCGUACUGUAGUAAUUUCAAUAAUCGUCCAACUGAGCUUUUUCGCAGCUGUAGAACUCAAUCAGACAAUGCUGCCCUAAGCGAUGUAGAACAGUGGAAGGAACAACAUUUUGUAAAAUUGCCUGGUAUCAACCUUCCGAUACGGAACAUCAGCGAGUGUUCAAUAGAAACGUGGAAAUCUAUUGCGUGUUUGCUGCAGAUUAAACCUUGUACUCGAAGUUACCAUACCAAUCGGAUAUGUAGGGAAGAUUGCUAUGAAGUGUUGGGACGUUGUGUUGACUGGAAUAGGAUGACGGUGAAACACUCGAUUGCUUCUCUCUGUGAGAUGUUUUCUCCAAACGAUGACUAUAAAAUCGAAUGCAUUUCACUGAAAAGAUACCUGGGGCCCAGUGACACUCUUUUGAAGAACACAGAUGUGGUAUUAGUUUCGCCAUGUAGAGGAAAUCCAUGCAAUUCAAGUCAAGUGUGUAUUGUUAAUCGGGAUGGAACCUUCGGAUACAAGUGUGUUAACGGGUGUCCCCUUGGAGAAGCGUCAUCUUAUAUGGUACCAGAAGGAACAUUUGUUAGAAUUCCGGUAUCUUCUACUAUAAAGGGAUGUCUCAAAGUAUGUCGAUGCGGAGCUGGAGGCAGGAUAGAAAAAUGUCAACCACUACCAUGUAUAAGCUACGAUUCAUGUAGUUUGGCGGGAAAACGUUUCGACCAUUUAUCCUUCUUCUAUGUAGAGUGUAAUAUAUGUAGCUGUUUUGCUGGUGAAAUCACAUGCACCAAAAAACAAUGUCGUAUGUCUGGAACUACCAACAAAUCCUUCACGACAUUGCCGUGCAAUUGUCCGCUGCAAUAUGUUCCAGUUUGCGCUCGCAAUGGAAAUACGUAUCCUUCGGCGUGUAUAGCUAAGUGUGCUGGAAUCCAAGAUGGGGAUAUUCAGUUUGGGCCUUGUAGAGCUAGAGAUCCUUGUGAUGGAAUAGAAUGCAGCCCAUUGUCAGUAUGUAUUCCGGACAGAAACGUUUGUUUAUCGACAAUGCACAAGCCGUGUCCCCAGCAUCAGUGUGGUAAGUAGGAGUUCAUUGUUUUAUGUGGCUUAUAAGUUAUGCAUAUCCCCAAGAUACGUUGUUGUUUUCUACUUGAUUAGGAUGUUCUUCUUCUUCUUGGCAUUACGUCCUCACUGGGACAGAG